GAUCAAACUUCAGGCAAACUCCACCUCAGUCUUGAAGCAGAAGCACAACCUCUGUGAAGGAAUAUCCACCCCUUGGCUUGCUGAUUGCCAAGACUGGAGCUACAGGAAAGCUGCACGCAGCCUCAAUAGCAGGACUCAAAAACUCAAGAUUACUCAGAACAACAUACAGUUUUAAUUGUGAGCCACAAGCAGGGAUGUUUUUGGGAAGCUUCAGAGCAAUGAAGAGGAAGCAGCUUUUCUGGGCAGCUCUCUGUGCUCUGAGCCUGCUUGAGGUAGUUUCUGGUGAGACAAAGACCAUCAACACUUCAGCACCAGAGACCUCUGCCACACACACAACAUUUAUUACAACUCCCCUGGUGACGACACCAGGAACAAGUGAUGGUAAUAUGACAGAGGCAGGCCCAGCAGAUACAAAGCCCAGCAGUCCUGCAGGAACUUCAGCACUGCCAUCUACAAAAACCGUAUCGUUAAACGAAACUACUUUGACGAUGGUCAACAUGACUGAAGCCCCCAGCACAGCACCCACCACCGUGCGCAGCUUUGAUGGCGGCAAUGAGACAGAACCUCGGGCUACAAAUAUAUCUUCCACUCAACAGCCAGAAGUAUCAUCUCUUCCCAGCGUGACACUGCCAAACACAACUCUGAAACCAGUCUGGACAACUACUACUGGCAGCACAAAGCACACUGUUUCCUCCGUCACCACGAGCCCAGGAAAUGAAAUUAGUAAUGGAACAGAGAUCAUCACGUGCCACAAUGUCAAGCACGUGACGAAGCCUCAUGUGAUAUGCCUGCAGCUCAACGCAUCCUACACAUGUGAUCACUUUAAAAUGAAGAUGGGGAGGAGAUUGUGGCAGCUGCUUUGUAAUGACUCCUCAGCCUCCUUGCACCCUGCUUCUCCCUGCCACAUUGAACUGGCUAAAUCGGAGGUGAAACCCUUGUGCAUGCUGCUUAUUCUAGGGGACACCGCAGAUGCAGAAGGAAUCCUAAACCACCUCAAGAAUCCAGAGUCUGAUUUGAAAGAGCUCGGUAUAGAAUCCCACCAAAAGGAGGAGAUCUGGAAUCACCAGGACUUUUCCCGGAAGACGCUGACUGCCUUGGUCACAUCUGGACUCUUGGCGGCGAGUUUGGGUUUGGCUGCAUACUUCCUUAUGAAACGACGGAGCUGGAGCCCCACGAGAGAGAGGCUGCAGUAAGAACUCGUCCAGGAAGACUUCUCCAGGGACUCCAAAAGCCUGUUAAUUUGCCCUUGAAGAAUGACACACAUUCCCCGAUGCUUUACAUUUAAACACUAAGUUAUACACCUCUCUUGUAUCUGUGCUGUAAUAAAAGCUGUUUCCCCCACUUAACAAAUGAUGCUAAUAAAGGAUAUCAAGAAAGAAAAUAUUUUCCUAUAUACAUUUUUCCACUUGCAGAUUUUGCUGAGCUCUGCGGGGUCCUUUCUUAUCAGCGACUUGAAUCCUUCCAAAAAGUAUAGUCCCACGAUGUUAGUCUAGUUGCUACCGAAAGCAGCUAUAUACUGUAAAAAGCUAAUAAAACUAAGUAUUCUGGGAUGUGUCCUGCCAAAAUAUGGGGGAACGCAAAUUUGAGGUAAUGUGCAAUGGUCUGGAGUGUCAGGGGGUGGUUUUGGGAUACUGUAGGGCACUGAAUCCCGUCUCCUGCCGUAGCUUGGCUGUCACUGAAAGUCAUCGCUUACUAAUGGUGGUUAAAUGAAUGGGGUGGUCUAAAUUCAGCUUCUAGCGGACGGGAGAGAGUAAGCAAAGAGGCCAAGAAUCGAUCUGGGCCACAGCCACUGAGCUCCAUAUGUAGGAGCUGGGGACUGGACCCAGUAGCCCAGGAGGCCACUUUCAGCCCUGCAAGAUCCCCUUCCAAGACAGGGCUGAAACACAUUGGUGAGGGGACUGAGCAGAUGGGAAGUUGGCCCUGCUCCAGCCCAUGCUCUGUGAGCAGUAAUGAGGGAGCAAUUAGAGGACCUCAGCCUCAGUUGCUCUUCAUUUGCUUCCCGAUGCACCGUGCGCUGAGCAUGCUUCGUUCAGCGCCCUGUGGCCUUGGCUCUGGUUGGCAUUGCUGCCCGAUCUUAGCAACUCAGGAGUUGUGGAACAAUCCUGAUGGUCCACAGUCCAUCUAGUUUGUCUCCAGCACAGUCCCUUACCUCCUGUCUCAGAUGAUGUGAAAUGGGUCUCCACCCCUCAGUAUGGUUUAGCUAGCUCUGCCAUCAUGCUGUCCUGCAGAGCAUGAGUCUGUGUGUGGAGGUCCAGCUCGGGUCACCACACUUAACUUGGGAGUGCUUAGCUCAGGCCCUUGACAUCUGCUCCCUGAGAACCACUUAGCUAGGUUGCAGGCUGAAGAGAAGAAAGGAAGGAAGUUUCCCAAAUAUUUCGUUUGGCCCAAAUGAAAACCAGAGCUGGGUUUGCAAUUGUCUGAGCCUGGGACAGUUCAAGAGCCUGGGGCGUUUGUCCAAACAGCACCAAAUUGAGGACUUCUACAUGUAGGUCACGGAGGAGAAUUGAGCCAUGGGAGUCCCCGGUGGGGCUUGUUCUCCAUGUCAGCCCAAGCUGGUAUCUGUGCCGGCUGCUACCGUGUGUCUCUUCUCCCGGGGCAAGGCUGAGCGCCCACGUGGCACUGACAUAGCUCCUGUCACUCCUUUCUCUCUGCUAACCCUGCAUUUGUUAUCUUUGUCCCUGUCUAGGGCGAAGACCCCUAUUACAUAGAAAA